AUGAUGCUUGAUGAAAAAUCAGUAGUGAGCAAGGAUUGGGAAGAGCAAGGUAGGAAUGCGGAAAAGAGGAAUGUUAAAGGCAUAGUGAUUCUAGGGGCACAUUAG